CAAUACCAUGACCAUGAGCACUUUCUUAUUUUGGGGUCACUGUUGCUUUCAUGUUCCACAUCUUGUCUAGUUCUCUCUCAGCCCUUGGUAUUUCCCUAGCUCCUUUUGUUCCUCCUUUUUGAUGUUGCUAUCUCUGGUCAGUUUACAUAUAUCAUUACGGCCUGUAGAGGUUGUUCCUCUGCUGCCAUGAUUAGCGUGUCUGUGCUGUCUUUCAGUUCAGCUUUCUCGUGCCAUUCGUAGGAUUUCUCGAAUGGUGACGCAAUGCAGGGGCCUGUCCACCCAUGAUGGUUCCACUUCCUGUUCCUUAUUUUUCCAGGUUUCUGCUGUUUGAAGUAUUCACUAAACGCAUGAUCAGUUGUGGCCAUCUUCCUGAUACACUCACAGAUCUUUGUUGUUUCAUCCUGGAUAAUGGUUCUGACACUCACUAGUCCUCGGCAAUCUUACUUCCGCUUUGCAUGCUGUCUCAGAGAAGGAGCUUCCUUGUCUUGAAGUCAGUGGGGACAGAGUCUUGGUAAAUCUCGCACUUGAUGGCAACUUGUACUGUGGUUUAAAGUUGGCCUACAGUCUUGUUCGAAGUGUAAAAGUGGACGACCGGUCGAUUAGAACUUCCUUUUUUUUACACAAAGCGAUCGAGAAGAUUUUUUGAAGGUUCGGUUGUCUUCGAAAAAUGCUUACUAGAAGCUGCCUGAUUUUCCCAAUUCUAUUCUUCACCGGGAAAUCAUUAGCAUGUCAUCAGAUAAAUGCUUCUUGUGCCGACAUUAAAACCCUCGGUGGAUUCACGUUCAAACAUGGAUCACUUCCCGAGGGAAGUAAGAUUUAUGUCUACGACAACGGGACAAGUAUUGGCCAUGCUGAACUGCGGAAUCCACCCUCCAUUAGGUUGUCAUCUGAAGUUGUACACAUGGACAACAACUCAGUGACGACAGUGAAGUGCAGAGACAUCACAAUUCAAAGCAUAGUUCCUGAUGGAUUGAGGAAGGGAAAGCCUUUUGUCAAAGAACACUGCACCUAUUUCAAAAUUAUUGCUGAUGUCACAGCUCCAAUUAAGACCGAUCCCAACGAGUCACAGGCGUUGCCGACCCUCAUCUAUUACAUUUUGCCAGCCAUUCUAGGGAUAAUCAUAAUCAUAAUUGGGAUUGGUCUUCUUCUCCACAACUGGAAAGCACAUCUGGAGCAGCAGCACAGUGAAGCCAGUGUUUCUGGGUUUAUAAUGUACCUACUGACUUGCCUCCAAAAGACAGGAGAGGGACAAGAAACUAGAGCUCCCCCUGGACAGCGUAUAGAUAAUGAGCAAGGCACUGCACUUGAAUGUGUAGUUGUUCAAAGCACUGAGGCUGAUGUCAAUACUCCUCAAUCCCCCAGCGUGGACCGCAACUUGAGCACAGAGAGAAUUCAGCUAACUAAAAAUGGAGACAUCAGUACCCACAAUGUUAGCAGAAUCUCUCAUCACCGCUCUAUGAACAGGAACUUCAAGAAAGAACCAGGAGGGGUGAAUAGCGACAAAGGACAAAACAUUAGCGAACUGGACAUUGGAGGUGCUGCUGGUAAUCGUGCAGAACAUGAUGAGACUGAAGGACAACCACUGCUAACCAGUAAACGUUUUGACAUGACAGGUGAAGCCGGACCAUUGGCGAACAAGGCUGGCUUUGACCGAGACGGAGUCAGCAGGUGCUCAGCUGUACCGAACACUGACGUGGAGUCACAAGAAAUACAAGAAGUAGGAACAAGAAGUAACCAAUAGCAACAACAACAAUAUAAUAAUAAUGAUGAUAAGAAUAGUAAUAAUAAUAAUAAUAAUAAUAAUAAUAAUAAUAAUAAUGCAUAUACUAUUUAAAUAAUAAUUAUUAUAAGACAUUGUCACAAUGUAUGUUUGCUUGCAUUACCUUUGGGAUCAAGUCCAGCAUUUUGUUUAAAUGAUUACUUUCAACCUACAAUAUUUUUUGCAAAGUACAAACUUGCAAUAUAUUUUUAGCUGAAUAUUAGUUAAAAAUAACUAAUAUAAAUAAAUUAA